UCUCCAAACCAUCAUUUCUUUACUCCCCCCCUCCCCAAUUUGUCCAAUGGCUUUUCAGGACCCGAAUCACCCCCUGCAAGCCCAGCUCUGUAGCAAUGUUUUUGGGGCGCUCACUGGGUUAAUACAACCCCCUUUAGCAGCCGGGCUAGGUGGGGGGCAGAAGUAUUAUUGCAAUAAUGGGGUACAGCUAGCCUCCCCGCAGCAGCAGCAGCAGCAGCAGCAGGCGCCAUUCAGCAAUGCGGUGAUGGUGGAGCCGGAGCCCGACCGGCCCAUUGGCUAUGGAGCUUUUGGCGUGGUGUGGUCGGUGACGGAUCCCCGAGACGGGUCGCGAGUUGCACUCAAAAAGAUGCCCAACGUUUUCCAGAACUUGGUCUCUUGCAAACGGGUCUUCAGGGAGCUGAGAAUGCUCUGUUACUUCAAGCACGACAACGUCCUCUCAGCGUUGGACAUUCUCCAGCCUCCACAAAUCGACUGUUUUGAGGAGAUUUACGUCAUCACUGAGUUGAUGCAAAGUGACCUUCACAAAGUCAUUGUGUCUCCACAACCUCUCAGCGCUGACCACAUCAAGGUCUUUCUGUAUCAGAUCCUCAGGGGGCUGAAAUAUUUGCACUCUGCCGGUGUUCUCCAUCGGGACAUCAAACCUGGGAAUUUGCUGGUCAACAGCAACUGUGUCCUCAAGAUCUGCGAUUUUGGCUUGGCCCGGGUAGAGGAGCCAGAUGAGUCCCAGCACAUGACUCAAGAAGUGGUAACUCAAUAUUACCGGGCCCCUGAGAUCUUGAUGGGCACCAGGCACUACGGACGCCCAAUUGAUAUUUGGUCAGUGGGCUGCAUCUUCGCUGAACUUUUGGGCAGGCGUAUCCUCUUCCAGGCCCAAAGCCCAAUUCAGCAGCUGGACCUGAUCACAGACCUCCUGGGGACUCCUCCUGUGGCCGCCCUCCAUUCAGCCUGUGAGGGGGCUCGGGCCCACAUUCUGCGUGGCAACCACAAGCCACCGUCACUGUCUGUCCUUUACAUGCUGUCUGGAGAAGCCACCCACGAAGCCGUCCAUCUGCUCUGCCGGAUGCUGGUCUUUGACCCAGCCAAACGGAUCUCUGCCAAGGAUGCCCUCUCCCACCCUUACCUAGACGAGGGCCGGCUCCGCUACCACACCUGCAUGUGCACCUGCUGCUUUUCCGUGUCCUCGGGCCGCGUCUACACCAGUGACUUUGAGCCCCGGGCCGACCCAAAGUUCGAUGGAUCCUACGAGAAGAACCUCACCUCCGUCUGGCAGGUCAAAGAGCUGGUGCAUAGGUUUAUCUUGGACCAGCAGCGGGGGAAACGCGUCCCACUCUGCAUCAACCCCCAGUCGGCUGCCUUCAAAACCUUCAUCCGCUCCACGGCGUGGCAUUCCUCCAAAGUAUCCAAAAAGGAGGAGAGAUGAAGGCGCCCAGUGGACAGGAUGGGGAGGAAAGAGAAGAAGAAAAAGGGAAAGCAAAGGAGAAGAAGGGCAGAAUGAGAGAGCCUUUUCAUCGGGUGAUGAGAGAGAGAAAGAAGAAGAAGAAGAAGAAUAAACAACCACUCUUCUUAAUCCUGCACUCUUGAAUAUUUUGACUCAUGGACAAACAUUUGGGGUGGGGGGAAAACGUCUGUGUCUUUUUUUAUUAUUAUGAAUAUUAAUAUUAUUUGGGGUGGGCGGGAGGGUUGGGAAGGGAUUGUUUUUUGCAUCGAUUGAUGUCUUUUUUCCCUCCACCUUUAUUGUCCUGCACUGGAAAACCCUUUAGGUUGUAGGUUAUUCUCCUUGUGCAACUCUCCCUGUCCGCAAACUCACCCCCAAAUCUGCACUGUUCCCCGACACGCCUGGCUGAGUUACCCUUCCCUCUCUUGUUCCUGCAUUAUUAGGGUUUUGUCUUGCUACCCCUAGAGGGUUUGCAGUUACUGGAGCAAAGGGGUGUUU